AUGUCUCCUGGUCCAGUCUCGACUAACGGCAUCGGCAUCGCCAAUCUGCCGAACCAGCGUCAUAAGAUAGUCGCUAAGCGUGGAACAAACUUCACGCUUAUGGUUGUUGGCGAAUCCGGUCUUGGAAAGACGACGUUUAUCAAUACACUUUUCACCACUACGAUAAAAGAACAUAAGAAUCAAAAGAAACGUCAUGCCAAGCAAACUGACAAGACGGUUGAAAUUGAGAUAACGAAAGCGGAACUCGAGGAAAAGACGUUCAAAGUCAAACUUACCGUCAUCGAUACGCCUGGAUUCGGCGACUACGUAAACAACCGCGAUAGUUGGCUACCAAUCAUUGAAUUUAUCGAUGACCAGCAUGAAUCAUACAUGCGGCAAGAACAGCAACCACACCGCGGCGAGAAAUUGGAUCUGAGAGUACAUGCUUGUUUGUACUUUAUUCGACCAACGGGACAUACCUUGAAACCGCUGGACAUUGAAGUUAUGAAGCGUUUGGGAUCUCGGGUUAAUCUUAUCCCAGUAAUUGCCAAGGCUGAUACUCUCACACCAAAUGACUUGGAGACUUUCAAGAGAAGGGUUCGUGAAGUUAUUGCCGCUCAAAACAUUCAGGUCUACCAAUGCCCAAUUGAAAGUGAUGAUGAAUCCAGCACUAAACGCAACAUGAACAUCAUGGCCGCAAUGCCAUUUGCUAUCAUUGGUAGUGAACAAGACGUCACUACGGCCGACGGCCGUAGUGUGAAGGGUCGUCAAUAUAGCUGGGGAGUAGCUGAGGUCGAAAAUGAAGAUCAUUGUGACUUCCAGAAAUUGCGCCAGCUAUUGAUCAGAACACACAUGUUAGACUUGAUUGCUACCACAGAAGAAACUCAUUAUGAGACUUAUCGCCAGGCGCAAAUGGAGACUAGGAAGUUUGGGGAACCCAAGCAAAAGAAACUUGAUAACCCUAAAUUCAAAGAAGAAGAAGAAUCUCUCCGCAAGAGGUUCACUGAACAGGUUAAACUCGAAGAGAAUCGUUUCCGUCAAUGGGAACAGCAUCUUAUCGCUGAGCGUGAUCGUCUCAACAAAGAUUUGGAAUCUGAGCAUUCACACAUUAAGGAAUUGGAAGCCGAGUUGGAGCGAUUGCAAGCUAAUAUGCGCAGAAAAUAG